GCGGCGGCGGCGGCCCAGCGGGCAGCUCGGGCUGAGCCGUCCCGGGCGGGCAGCGCGGCCGGGGCUGGGGGCGGGGGGCGGGGCCGAGCCGUGCGGGCAGCCCGGCCUGGCCGGGGCGGGGGUGGCCAUGGCCUCGGCGGAGUUGCAGGGGAAGUACCAGAAGCUGGCUCAGGAGUACUCCAAGCUUCGGGCUCAGAAUCAGGUCCUGAAAAAAGGUGUUAUGGAUGAACAAGCAAAUUCUGCUGCUUUAAAGGAACAACUUAAAAUGAAGGAUCAGUCACUGAGAAAACUGCAACAAGAAAUGGACAGUUUGACCUUUCGGAAUCUGCAGCUGGCCAAGAGGGUAGAACUACUUCAAGAUGAACUGGCCCUAAGUGAGCCCCGGGGCAAGAAGAACAAGAAAAGUGGGGAAUCUUCUCAGUUGAGCCAAGAGCAGAAGAGUGUCUUUGAUGAAGACCUACAGAAGAAGAUAGAAGAGAAUGAACGGUUGCAUAUACAAUUUUUCGAAGCUGAUGAGAAGCAUAAGCAUGUGGAAGCAGAGCUGAGGAAUCGACUGUCCUCUCUUGAAACAGAGGCUGCUCAGAACCAAGCUGUGGUGGACGGCCUGACGCGGAAGUACAUGGAGACCAUAGAGAAGCUGCAGAAUGACAAGGCCAAACUAGAAGUCAAAUCCCAGACCCUAGAAAAGGAGGCCAAGGAAUGUCGACUUCGAACUGAAGAAUGUCAAUUACAGUUAAAGAGUCUUCAUGAAGAUUUGUCAGGUAGAUUAGAGGAAUCCUUAUCAAUCAUCAGUGAAAAAGUACCUUUUAAUGAUACAAAAUAUAGUCAGUAUAAUGCUCUGAACGUCCCACUCCACAAUAGGAGACAUCAGCUGAAAAUGCGGGAUAUUACUGGACAAGCCCUGGCUUUUGUUCAAGAUCUUGUGACCGCGCUUUUGAACUUUCACACCUACACAGAGCAGAGGAUUCAGAUUUUCCCUGUUGAUUCUGCCAUUGACACUAUAUCUCCACUGAAUCAGAAGUUCUCACAGUACCUUCAUGAGAACGCGUCCUACGUCCGCCCCCUCGAGGAAGGAAUGCUUCAGCUGUUCGGAAGCAUCACUGAGGAUACUGUGACCGUCCUGGAGACAACUGUGAAAUUGAAAACUUUUUCAGAGCAUCUAACCUCUUACAUCUGUUUUCUUAGAAAGAUUCUUCCUUAUCAGUUAAAAAGUUUAGAAGAAGAAUGUGAAUCUUCUCUUUGCACAACUGCGUUAAGAGCCAGGAAUUUAGAGCUGUCUCAAGACAUGAAAAAAAUGACAGCUGUGUUUGAGAAGUUGCAAACUUACAUUGGGCUUCUCGCUUUGCCAAGUACGGAGCCGGACGGACUCCUGCGGGCCAACUAUGGUUCUGUGCUAACAAACCUGGGGGCGGCGCUGCGAGGGCUUCACGACGUCACGAAAGAUAUUUCCAAACAUUAUAGUCAAAAAGCAACCAUUGAGCAUGAACUUCCCACAGCGACACAGAAACUCAUAACGACUAAUGACUGUAUCCUGUCGUCAGUACUAGCGUUAUCAAAUGCAGCAGGCAAGAUGGCCUCUUUCUUCAGCAACAAUGUGGACCACUUCGCUGCUUCGCUCAGCUACGGGCCCAAGGCAGCCAGCGGGUUCAUCAGCCCCCUCUCAGCCCAGUGCAUGCUCCAGUACAAGAGAAAAGCCGCCGCCUACAUGGAGGCCUUGAGAAAGCCCCUCAUGGAGUCUGUGUCUUAUGAAGAAGCGCUGGCGAAUCGCCGGGUACUGCUCAGCUCCACAGAAAGCCGGGAGGGCUUGGCACAGCAGGUUCAGCAGAGUUUGGAGAAGAUUUCUAAGCUGGAGCAGGAAAAGGAACAUUGGAUGUUAGAAGCACAAUUAGCCAAAAUCAAACUAGAGAAAGAAAACCAGCGAAUUGCUGAUAAGCUGAAGAGUACAAGUGGCGGGCAAGUGGCUGGGCCGGCUCAGGAGAACGGCACCGCAGUGCCCCCUGCAGGCCAGGAGGCCUCCAUGAAGUCUGCAGCAGAGCUCGGUCCCAGCACCAGCCUGAUCGGGAUUUUAACCAGGACUUCGGACAAUGAGGUUCCAGAUGUGGAGUCUCGGGAAGACUUGAUUAAGAAUCACUACAUGGCCAGGAUCGUGGAGCUCACCUCGCAGCUGCAGCUGGCUGACAGCAAGUCCGUGCACUUCUAUGCUGAGUGUCGAGCACUCUCUAAAAGACUCGCCCUUGCUGAGAAGUCUAAAGAGGCACUGACAGAGGAGAUGAAAGUGGCCAGUCAGAACAUCAGCAGACUUCAGGACGAGCUGACGACCACCAAGAGAAGCUACGAGGACCAGCUGAGCAUGAUGAGCGACCACCUGUGUGGCAUGAACGAGACGCUGUCCAAGCAGCGGGAGGAGAUCGACACACUGAAGCUGGCCAGCAAGGGAAAUUCUAAGAAGAACAAAGGCCGGUAGUUGGCACACAGCUGGCUGCUGACUUCUUCCAGAGCUGCGACUGUUGCCGGGAGCUGCAGGGCCAGACUCCGCGCCCAGCGCUGGCCGCCGUCAGGAAGCUGGAGCACUGUGGACCGAGUGACUCGUCAGCUGUCCACGGCUGGGCACGCGUCGUCAGAUACAUUUGUAACCAGGAAGGCAAAACCAGAACUUGAUGUUGACAGUAAAAUGGAAAACAAUACACAUACCAUGGAUAUUGUAGGUUUCCUUAAUGCUGUUUUUACCGUGCACUUUUUAAAAUUAGGUUUUAAUUUCAGUAUGUAAGAACAACAAAGAUUUUGUAUAUUUUCAAACUCAAUUAUAUGGUAAUCGAUUUGGUAUCUAUGGAAUAGAUAUAUGUUUCUGGAUAAAAUGCUUAAAUUGUCAAAUUGUCAUUACUUGCUAUAAUUGAAAGCAGUCUCCCAGAUUCUUUUUAAAAAUAUGCAUACUGCUCUCUUUCUCUCUCUGAAGGAGUGGGACUUGCAAAAUUCAUAUCUUGUGGAUUUAUUAUCAUUGUCUUUAGCUUUUCCGUACCCUCUCUGUGUUGGAAUAAUAACUUAAGGAAAUUGAUGUCAAUAAAUUCAUACUUAUAUCAAA